AUGGACCACUCUCCACUGGGCAGGCCGCAGAUGGCAAAAAGAUCUGACAUUUCUGGCGGAGCAGCUCAGGCUGUAGAGAGGCCGAUCAGAAGAGUCCAGAGUCCAUCUCGAGGGAGGGCGGGGCAAUCCUACUCUUAUAAUCAUAAAAUGUCACGUAAAUUCCAAAAGUUUUACAGAGAGGAUCAGAUUGGCCGUAAAUCUUUUUUUAGAAAUAACCGUAAAAACACCAAAUUCAAGCCCAAGCCUUAUAAUCGAAGGCAGAACUACAAACCACCGGCUCCUGUUGACCGAGUUUUGGAAGAGCGAUACGAAGAGAAGAGCAGGGAGGACAGCUCGCCAUCCAAACCAAACAGAGUUUUUCCGUCAAGAUCUUCUUCGAGCCGAGACAAAGACCAGAGCUCUGGCCCAAAGAGUGACAAGAGCCAGAGUCGAGAGAGGGACCAAAGAGGCCCCAGAAGCAGAGACCCAGACACACACCAGUCCGCUGCCAAACAGGCUGCACGGGAACGAGCCAUCCAGAAGAAGAGGAAAGAAAUCGAUGAGGUGUAUUUCAAGGAUUGUGAAAUGUUUGGUCUGGUGGUGAAGAUGCUAAUUGAAAAGGAUCCAUCUCUGGAGAUUCCCAUCCAGGAGUCUCUCCGGCAAAACCUGCGGGACAUCGGCGCUCGCUGUGUUCAGGCCAUGGAAAAGUUUAUUGAGGACUACGACUCCAGGGAGAAGUCACUCUAA